AUGCAGAAUCGACUGGUGAAGAGUCUGUUUGAACUAUCAUUUAGAUCCCUGGGUGUUGUAGACAGUUGCACAGCUGAAGUGGGAGCAAGCAGCAUCUUCUGUCCAACACAUGACUUCCAGUUCUACAGUGUUUCUGAUGACAGUGCCCCCUCUCCCUAUAUGGGUGUAAUUGCUCUAGAGUCCCUUGGUAAAAGGGGUUAUCGGGUACCUCCUUCAGGAACAAUACAAGUGACUUUAUUUAAUCCUAACAAGACUGUGGUGAAGAUGUUUGUGGUGAUCUACAACUUGCGAGAGAUGCCAGCCAAUUAUCAAAUAUUCCUAUGGCAAAGAACCUUUUCGGUCCCCAUAAGACAAGAAGCAAAGAGAAGUAUCAACAAAGUGAACACUCGGCAUUCUGAGGACAGACUUCUUCGCUACCCCAUUCAUCUGAGGUUCCAGAGUUCUAAGUCUGGAAAGAUCUACCUCUACAGAAAUGUAAGGCUCCUGUUCUCUUAGAAAUCCAUGGAAGUUGACAGUGGCAUCGCUUAUGAACUCAAAUCUUACACUGAAUCUCCAACGAAUCCUCAGCUUUCAUCCAAAUGCUAG